GACUGCAAAACACGGGGGCAACCUGACAGUAAACUGGACAUCUGGAAAUCUCUCAGAGUCAUCGGCCUCUGAGUUCUGGCAGUGAGUGGGUGUGGUCACAUUAAGCUCAUAAUAAAUCACAGGGCGGAGGCAGUUGAUCAAGUAUUGUGUGCAUUCUUGUCAAAUAUGCAAAUUGUUGGUGCAACCGUUGUUGACUGUCUGGUGUCCCCGUGCAGUAGAGGAAUACUGUCCAUGUCUGGGGGAAUAGAGGAGGUCGGCUCAGUGAAGUGGGAGCUGCUGCUGUGUCUCCUGGCCUGCUGGGUGGCCUGCUACUUCUGCAUCUGGAAAGGGGUCCGUUUCACAGGAAAGGUUGUGUAUUUCACGGCGGUGUUCCCUUAUGUGAUGCUGGCCAUCCUGCUGGUCAGGGGGUUGACGCUGCCAGGAGCCUGGCAGGGGGUGGUCUACUACCUGUAUCCAGAUCCUUCUCGCCUGGCAGACUUUCAGGUGUGGAUGGAGGCUGCUGCUCAGGUCCUCUUCUCCUAUGGUGUUUCAUCAGGAGCCUUGAUCACACUGGGCAGCUACAAUAAAAUCCACAACAACUGUUACAAGGACAGUCUGUGGCUUUGUGUUCUCAAUAGCGCCACCAGCUUCAUCUCUGGCUUCGUAGUCUUCUCGACUCUGGGCUUCAUGGCUGAAAAACAGGGAAUUUCCAUCGACAAAGUGGCUGAUUCAGGGCCUGGACUUGCGUUCGUUGUAUUUCCUCAGGCUGUUGCCUUGAUGCCGCUGCCUCAGCUGUGGGCCGCCUGCUUUUUCCUGAUGCUCAUUCUGCUUGGACUAGACACACUGUUUGCAGGUCUGGAAACUAUCAUAUCGUCCGUGAUUGACAUGUUCCCGGGACAGAUGCGCAGACCUUGGCGCAGAGAAAUCGUCCUCUUUUUCUUCUGCUCCAUCAGCUUCAUCAUACAGAUCUCUCUCACCACUCAGGGAGGAGUGUACGUCUUCCAGCUGAUUGACUACUAUGGUGCCAAUGGAAUAUGUGUAGUAUUUGUGUCUGCGGUCCAGUGUGUGGCUGUUGGAUGGGCCUUUGGAGCUGACCGGAUGUGUGACGCGGUGCAAUUUAUGACAGGACAGAGGCCGUGGGGUUAUUUCACACUGUGCUGGCGCUACUUCACCCCUCUGAUAUGCAUGGUUUGCUUCUUCGGCUUCUUCCUGAACCAUCAGCCCCUGACAACCAGUGGGGGCUAUAUGUACCCAGACUGGGCCUACAGUGUGGGCUGGGCCAUGGCCCUCUCCUCGGUGGUCGCAGUACCCAUCUGGGCUCACAGAGGGCACCCUCACACAGCGUCUGUCUUUCUUGUGCCGUCCGGUCGUUGAUCAUGUUGAUCCCAAGUUAAUCAAAGAAUGUGGAACAGAGAUGAAACCAAUGCCAGUCCUUUAAUCUGAUGUGUUAUGAGUCAGAAUAAAAUGUAAUUCUGAA